AUGAUCAAUCUUACAGUGGCCGACCUAUUAUUCCUAGUGACUUUGCCUUUGUGGAUUGCUUACUAUAAUUAUAGAGGCAACUGGGUAAUGCCAGAUUUUCUCUGCAAUGUGGCAGGCUGUUUCUUCUUCAUAAAUACAUAUUGCUCUGUAGCCUUUCUAGGAGUCAUUAGUUACAACAGAUUUCAGGCUGUAACAAAGCCUGUGGAAGUGGCACGAUCAACAGCCAGGAAAAAAGGACUCUGUAUCUCGGUUUUUGUGUGGAUACUUGUAUUCGGAAGCUCUUUGUACUUUCUUUUUACACCAGGCACCAACCAGGUACAGGCUAAUGAUGGACUUAACUACACCCGCUGCUUUGAAGGAUACAACAUUGACAACAGAGGUCCUGUGGCCAUCAUCCACUUCAUUCUAAUUGCUGCUUUCUUUCUUGUGUUUCUCAUCAUAUUCAUUUGCAAUGUGGUGAUUUUUAGGACUUUAACCACUCAGUCAGUGGCGGCCAAACAGAGUGCAGAAAUGAAGCGUCGUGCUCUGCACAUGGUAGUGACAGUUCUUGGAGUUUUUGUGCUAUGUUUUGUCCCGCACCACAUUGUGCAUGGACCCUGGACCCUCACAGUACUGAGACUGUGGCAUGAGAAUGACUGUGGCUUUCGACAGGUUCUGAAUGAUGCACAUCAAAUCACUUUGUGCCUUAUGAGUACCAACUGUAUGCUGGACCCUAUUAUCUAUUGCUUUCUCACCAAGAAGUUCCGGAACCACCUCUCUGAACGCAUCCGUACUAUGAAAAGAAGUCGUAAGUUAUCAAGAAAUACUACUGACACUAACUUAGAAGGCACAUUACCACUCAAAGAAAAGCAAACUAGCACAUGUGACCUCUAG